UUAAACUGUUGAUAAGUUUUUCUGAUUUUUGUCUUUUAAUAAACUUAAAAUUAUGGCAAAAACUCUGAUUUUUGUAUUAUCUGCUUUGUGCUCAACCAUAAUUGCUGCACCACUCGAUGGGCUGGCUACUUAUGAGCUUGAUGGUAUUGAACACACUUAUUCACUUGACUUUGAAAUCGGAGAAAUGGAUCACCAAGUUGGUCCAUUUCCUUCGUCCAUGUAUCCAAGUAAACAAGUUAACAGAUAUGAAUGGGUUGGUGAUAGAUCAUAUGAGCUGAACAAAAAUAUGAUCUUUAAAAGCCAUUCAACCAACAACUAUACGAUUAAAACGGUUAUGCCAUUCAGUCAAAUUGAUACCAUUUUCUUUGAAUGGCAAGACAUGAGUCAGAUCUAUGGACACGUUGAAGAUGCUAACAUUCAGACUGCUUAUUUGACUGAAACUACACCAAACCAACCACGAAUUACCAAGAAAUAUUGUGCAGAUGAUGAGUAUCCAAAAAACCUUGCUGGUAGUCUGGCUAGUCGAAGCCUUUCGCUGUGUUAGUCGUGUAAAACAAUCAAACUGGUGAAUCCUGCAA